GGACGGAAUUCGCGGAUAUGUGGCUCCAUCGGGUUGUGGUGCUUUUUGUCUUGGCCAUCCUAACACCUUCGUUGACGGCAUUCCAGAGUUGCGGACAGGACAAGCAAUGUGUGCCGUACGAACAGUGCAACGAGGGCUUAAUGGUCGACGGAAAAUUCUAUCCGGAUCGCAGUAGGACGACGAUGGACGAGCAAUGCCACUAUAUGGAAAAGUGCUGCAAUAUCCAGGAUACACUGUCGACACCGACUCUUCCGGCGGAGGCGACCAACUGGCCAUGUGGAGGUCGUCAUGAUCUCUGGUACUAUCUGCGACCAUUGGGCUACAAGCAGCGAGAGGCCAAGUUCGGCGAGUUUCCUUGGCUAGUGGCGGUGUACGGAGCGGAAGGAUACCUCUGCAGUGGAGCACUCAUCACACCCCUGGCUGUGGUCACAACGGCUCACUGUGUCCAGAGUGUGGAGCCCGGGAAGCUGCGCCUGGUGGCCGGGGAAUGGGAUGCCGCCGUGGAGCUGGAACCGCAACCUCAUCAGGAGCGAUCGGUGACUGAGUCUGUGUUGCAUCCCAACUACACGCAAAUGCCGCUGGCCCACAACAUGGCGAUUAUCCUGGUGGACAAGGACACACCCUUCCAGCUGACCCCCAAUGUCCAGCCGAUUUGCCUGCCGCCCCCGCAAAUGUCCUACAAUUACAGCCAGUGUUAUGUGUCCGGCUGGCAGAGAGGCGAUUUCGGGGGAUCGGCGAUCCUGCCCAAGCGGUGGACACUCUACGUCCUGCCACCUGAUCAGUGUAGGGCCAAGUUGCGAUUGUCCUUCCUGGGACGGCGCCACGCCCACAACGACACCCUAUUGUGCGCGGGCGGGGACAAGGGCGACUUCGUCUGCGGGGAUGUGGACAUGGCCGCAGUGCCUCUGAUGUGCCCGCUCUCUGGCCACGACGACCGCUUCCUCCUGGCCGGCCUCGUGACCAGGACAGCCCGAUGUGAUGGCCCACAACUGCUGGGCAUUUACACGAACGUCAAGAUCUAUCGGCAGUGGAUCGAUCUGAAGCUGAGAGAACGCGAUCUCGACAUUCGGCAGUACAUGGUGUAAUCUGAUCUGCAAUAAACAAAUAAAACCAGUCAA